GUUGCUAAUCCCAAAAACACCUGUACCGGUGACGUCACCUCUAGUACUAGGCAUGUGCUCAAACAAAAGUUCACCACUUAUCGGAGUCAAGGUGGACUCUAUUCAGAGCUAUUUUGGUAAACAUGGUUUUGUGGACAAUUGAAGGUCGCUAGCCAAUCGUGGUUGUACUAUAAAAGCGCCACUUUCCCAGCAUAAAGCAUAUCAGUUUACAAUUGAAGCAUCCAACAUGAAGUUGUCUCUCGUUCUCUUCGUCCUUUCGAUGGUCCUGUAUGUGGCCCAAGUUAGAGCUGCAGAUACUACCACAUCCACGGAAUCGAGCACUAGCACUUCUACCACGGAAUCCACCACGACUACUACAGAGUCGAGUACCACGUCUUAUUCUUCUCCGGAUGUGAAGAGGAAAAUCGUUCGUCUCAGCAAUCUGAAGUACUCGAUAACCAGGAAAAUCAGGAUCGGCAGCACCACCGCCUCCUCGACCAAAUCAAAGAGUGCCCGCGCCAAGGCCCGCAUAGCCCGCCUAAAUGCCGCCAAACGCUCAAAGAAGUCUGCUGCCAAUCGCAAGAACCUUAACAAGAAGACCAGGAACCGCAAUGUUCGAGCUCUUCGUGGUUAGACUAAGCCAAGUUAAAGUGUUGAGAAUAAAAUGUUACAAGUUAUAAAGAAAACACAAAAGGUUUCCUAAUUUUUGGGCUGAUCAUUUGGUAAACAUUCUACUAUAAAUAUUAUAGUCUCAUAUGGACUUUCCAACUUUUUAAUAAAAUAUUUA